AUGGUGGGCAACGACGAAGCGUGCCACCUCUCCGCUUCCCGGAAAAUGUUCUGGCGGUCGGCGUCGUGGUCGUCCUCCCGCACCGCCGCUGGAAACGCCUCUUCCGGCGAGGCGGAGAAGGCGCCGCUGACGCCUCGGUCGCAGCAGAAUUGCAAGGCGCGGUCGUGCCUGCCGCCGCUGCAGCCGCUCUCCAUCGCCCGCCGGAGCCUCGACGAGUGGCCGAAAGCCGGCUCCGACGACAUCGGCGAGUGGCCGCAGCCGCCCACCACCCCCGGCGGAAGAGGUAAUGGCAGCAACGGUGAAAGGUUGAAACUUGACUUGUCUUCGAUUCAGCAUAGUAACCCUGAUCAUAGGAGUAACAAUGGUGGGCUUGUAAAAAGGGAUAAAAUUGCAUUUUUUGAUAAAGAGUGUUCAAAAGUUGCUGAUCAUGUGUACCUUGGUGGUGAUGCUGUUGCUAGGGAUAGGGACAUUUUGAAGCACAAUAGGAUCACUCAUGUGUUGAAUUGUGUGGGGUUUGUGUGUCCUGAGUACUUUAAGGCUGAUUUUGUUUAUAGGACUUUGUGGCUGCAGGAUAGUCCCUCUGAGGACAUUACUAGCAUUUUGUAUGAUGUGUUUGACUACUUUGAGGAUGUUAGGGAGCUAGGUGGGAGGGUGUUUGUGCACUGUUGUCAAGGGGUGUCUAGGUCUACCUCUUUGGUCAUUGCUUACCUUAUGUGGAGGGAAGGACAGAGUUUUGAUGAUGCUUUUCAGUUUGUGAAGGCAGCGAGAGGGAUCGCCGAUCCAAAUAUGGGCUUUGCGUGUCAGUUGCUGCAGUGCCAGAAAAGGGUCCACGCUUUCCCUCUUAGUCCUAGCUCUUUGCUGAGGAUGUAUAGGAUUGCUCCACACUCGCCCUAUGAUCCUUUGCAUCUUGUUCCCAAAAUGUUGACGGAUCCUUUGUCUUCUGCAUUGGACUCUAGAGGUGCGUUUAUUGUGCACAUACCUUCGGCGAUUUAUGUUUGGAUUGGUAAGAUUUGUGAGGCCAUGAUGGAGAGGGAUGCUAGAGGGGCUGUGGGCCAGAUUGUUCGGUAUGAGAAGGUGCAAGGACCUAUUGUGAUGAUUAAGGAAGGUGAGGAACCAGCAUACUUCUGGGAUGCAUUUUCAAAUUUUCUGCCCUUGAUGGAUAAAUCUGGUAACAGAUUUGAAGAUGGCAAAUCAAUUGGUAAAGUUUUGCCUGGUGAGAGGAGAGUGGAGGCAUAUGAUGUUGAUUUUGAAGUGUUCAAAAAAGCAAUCACGGGAGGCUUUGUGCCGCCAUUUGCGUCUUCAGAGGAUGACCAUGAAAUCCAUCUUCCUGCAAGAGAGAGUAGUUGGAGUGCUUUAAGGCGUAAAGUUUCCCCUGCUAAUAUGAAGGAGUUUGUCACGGCCCCUAGGUUAUCCUUUCCAAGGGUUUAUUCAGACUCCAUGUUGUGCAUUCAUGCAUCAUCAAAAUCAUCGCCAUCUUCAUCCUUGUCGUCAUCCUCCUUAUCAUCAUCCUCGUCACCAUCUUAUGUUUCUCCAGAUUCCAUUUCUUCUGAUUCUAGCACCCAUUCAAAGUUUUUGUCAGAAUUGUCCCCGGAUUCUUCCUCUGUGGUUUUGACUUCUGUUUCUCCUGUAUCCUCAUCUCUGGCUAAUUUUUCUAAUUUGUCGAUCUCAUCAAAUUCUACUCCUCAAACAGUGUCUAACAGUACAGAUAUCCUUGGUGUCAAGUUAUCACAUCCUCUUUCUCAGUCAGCUACUUUACCAUUGAAAAAGCCAUCAGCUUCCCUUGCUGAACGCAGAGGUAGUUUGUCAAAAUCUUUGAAGUUGCCACUAAUGAAUGAAAAGACACAAGUAAUAGAUAAAUCGUCGACUUUUCAUGCUAGUCCAGAACAUGGCAUUCUUGUUAAUGGUAAUGUUGGCUAUUCGCAACAAUCAGAUAGUAUAGAUUAUAUUUUUGAGUCUAACAACCAUGCAAAGGAUGGAGUUGUGAAUUCAAUUCAAAAGCAUGAGCUGCCAUUAUGUCCAACAAGCAUAGUUGAUAGCAUGCACCUCAAGGAAUCAUCCCUUCUCAGGAACUGUAUUGAGCUUGUGAUAGAUAGUUCCCCAAGAGGAAACUUAUUGCUAAGUCAGUCUACAGCAUUGAAGGGAACUAAGGAGUGUGGCUUACUGCAGUAUAAUGUUAAACAAACUUCUGUAUAUCACUGGCCCAGUUUAGAAAAGAUCGAGACAUUUGGCGCAAGUCAUUUGGAUUCUAAAGCUGCUUUUGUCAUAUUCUCUCCAAGUACGCGUGUACAUGCAGGGAACAUUUUAUAUAUUUGGGUAGGGAGGUCUUUCAAUUGUGACGCUUCACAGGUUCAUUUAGAUGGUGAUAAACAGUCAGAUCAUCUAGGAGCUGUUGACUGGAAUCAAAUUGGUUGUGAUCUACUUGCUCAGUUUAGUUUUCCAAAGAAUACAGUCAUUAAGAUUGUUAAAGAGAAUGAAGAAUCUACAGAGUUCCUUGCUAUGCUGAGUUCAUUGUAGCAUAAACGACAAUAGGAGAAUCCUGGAUUCAAGUAACUUCUAUAACAUUUUCUGCAUCUGCAGCUGUCUCUAUGUAUGGCAAUUUUUCAAGCUCUAAUUUGAUCUUCCCUGUGAAAAGAAAUCCAGUGAGGAGGUUGCUCCAUGCCAAGUCAAUUGUAGCUCGGCUGAUUGUACAGUGCUUUAACAUCCUAAACCUAGAAAUUUAUGUUCAAUAUACUCCAAUUUCUUUCAUAUUCUCAUGUUAUUUAAAGAAAAAAACAAUUCCUUCUUCUCUAUCUCUCUAGCUCUCCCUCCUUCUCUAGACAUUCGUAAAAUUUUAGGAUCUAGUUUAUUUCCUUUUAUGUGAACAAACAAAUACCUGGAUGAGAAUUUCUAAAUUGGGUGAUAUAGAAGUUCUAAACAAUAGAUGGGGUUAUGAUUCGUUCUUUCAA